UAUCGACACGCUGGGGGGAGACGCGGCGCUCUGGCCAUUUUGUUACGGCGUUUGGCCAAAAUUAGCCGCUAACUAUGACCGUUUUGCACUUUUUACUCGAGUGCGCUUUCUCUCGUACGGAAACAUUAGGCCGAAACCCUACAUGACGGUCGUACGCCUCAGGAAUGCUGAGGACAAGCAGCGCUUUGGAGAUAUUUACGGUGCUUAUAGCGGUGUGGUUUUUAUUUAGGUUAGCAUAGUUAGCUACACGCUAACUGAGCUAGCUAGCUAGCCGGCUAAGUUUAGCAGAACCGAAAAGCUCCAGUUCGGCUGUAGCGUUACUUUCCUCAUAACUUUGUCAUAGAGAGGGAGCAGUUAUUUAGUCGGGGCUUUAGGUUUACAUUUAUACUUUAGUCACUAGGCUUCAUACCGGGCGUUGGGUUUCAUCUAAUUUUAGUAGCCAGAACAGUAAAGAAGGAGAGUUUUAAUCCGUCCAGGUCGGAGCGCCGCGAACAAAACAAAACGGUGACAGCCUGCCUGCGGUCGCUUUCCUAGCGCAGAAAAGAACAAAUCUUCCGACAUAAUGGCAGAAGACACACGACAGAACAAGAAAGCAAACUUUUCAGCCUUGGCAGAGCACAGCAACGGAGUGACAAAGAGCCCAGCUUCUGCUGCGAUGGCCUCAAAAACAGGAGCGUCGAAGAAACUGGUGAUAAAAAACUUUAAAGAUAGACCGAAGCUGACCGAAACUUACACAGAGGACACGUGGCUGAAGCUGCGAGAUGCUGUCGGUGCUAUACAGAACAGCACCUCUAUCAAAUACAACUUGGAGGAGCUUUAUCAGGCAGUGGAGAAUCUUUGCUCCUACAAGGUCUCCCCCAUGUUAUACAAGCAGCUCCGUCAAGUGUGUGAAGAUCACGUCCAGGCUCAAAUCCACCAGUUUAGAGAAGAUUCACUGGAUAGCCUGUCGUUCCUGAAGAGGAUGAACAGAUGCUGGCAGGACCACUGUAGACAAACAAUCAUGAUCCGUAGCAUUUUUCUGUUUCUGGAUCGUACUUACGUCCUCCAGAACUCCCUGCUUCCCUCCAUCUGGGACACAGGACUGGAGCUGUUUCGGACACAUAUUGUGAGUGACAGCAUGGUCCAGAGCCGCACAGUGGAAGGGAUCUUAGAGCAAAUAGAGCGAGAGAGGAAUGGUGAGACUGUGGACCGGAGUCUCCUGCGCAGUUUACUGGGCAUGCUGUCGGACCUGCAGGUGUAUAAGGAGUCUUUUGAACAGCGGUUCCUAGUAGAGACAGAUCGCUUGUAUGCUGCAGAAGGUCAAAGGUUGAUGCUAGAGAGAGACGUGCCUGAAUACCUGCACCAUGUAGCACGACGGCUAGAGGAGGAGAACGAUCGUGUCAUCAGUUACCUAGAUCAGAGCACUCAAAAACCACUAAUUUCUACGGUAGAGAAGCAACUUUUGGGUGAACACAUGACGGCCAUAUUACAGAAAGGGCUGAGCACUCUGUUGGAUGAGAAUCGUGUGACCGAGUUGACUCUACUGUACCAGCUCUUCAGUAAAGUGAAAGGGGGUCUGCCUGUACUGCUGCAGUUCUGGAGAGAUUACAUCAAGAGUUUUGGGGGUGAGAUUGUGGGCUCUCCAGAGAAAGACAAGGACAUGGUGCAGGAGCUGCUGGACUUUAAGGACAAGAUGGACAACGUAACACACCGCUGCUUCCAGAGGAACGAAACCUUCAUCAAUGCCAUGAAGGAGGCCUUUGAGAGCUUCAUUAACAAAAGACCCAACAAACCAGCAGAGCUCAUCGCCAAAUAUGUGGAUUCUAAACUACGUGCUGGGAAUAAAGAGGCCACAGAGGAAGAGCUGGAAAGAAUCCUCGACAAGAUUAUGAUCAUCUUCCGCUUUAUCCACGGUAAAGACGUCUUUGAAGCAUUCUACAAGAAAGACUUAGCAAAGCGCUUGCUGGUGGGCAAAAGUGCCUCAGUGGAUGCAGAGAAGUCCAUGCUGUCCAAACUCAAGCAUGAGUGCGGUGCAGCCUUUACCAGCAAGCUUGAGGGCAUGUUCAAAGACAUGGAGCUGUCCAAAGACAUCAUGAUCCAGUUCAAACAGUACAUGCAGAACCAGAGUGAGCCCAGCAAUAUAGAACUAACCGUCAACAUCCUCACCAUGGGCUACUGGCCAACCUACACCCCCAUGGAGGUCCAUCUGCCCGCUGAGAUGGUGAAGCUUCAGGAGGUGUUCAAGAUGUUCUACCUGGGGAAGCACAGUGGGCGAAAGCUUCAAUGGCAGCCCACACUGGGCCACGCAGUACUUAAGGCUGAGUUUAAGGAGGGUAAAAAGGAGCUGCAGGUAUCUUUAUUCCAGACCCUUGUCUUACUCAUGUUUAAUGAAGGGGAAGAGUUUACACUGGAGGAGAUCCAGACAGCUACUGGAAUAGAGGACGGUGAGCUGAGACGCACACUGCAGUCGCUGGCCUGUGGAAAAGCCCGUGUGCUUAAUAAAAAUCCCAGAGGGAAAGACGUUGAGGACGGGGACCGCUUCAACUUCAACAAUGACUUCAAGCACAAACUGUUCCGCAUUAAAAUCAACCAGAUUCAAAUGAAAGAGACAGUGGAGGAGCAAGUGAGCACCACAGAGCGAGUGUUCCAGGACAGGCAGUAUCAAAUAGACGCUGCAGUGGUUAGGAUCAUGAAGAUGAGGAAGACCCUCAGUCAUAACCUGCUGGUGUCAGAACUCUACAACCAGCUCAAAUUUCCUGUCAAGCCCGGAGACCUGAAGAAGCGCAUUGAGUCCCUCAUCGACAGAGACUACAUGGAGCGCGACAAGGAGAGCCCCAACCAGUAUCACUAUGUAGCUUGAGGUCCAGGCAGGAGACCCCGGAACGGCCCCUUUCUCUGGACAACGGGCCCCUGCUUUCCCUGCCCACUGCACGCAAACAGGGCUUUACCUGCCUGACUGGCCCCAGGACAGCUUAUAGCCCACCCUUCACUGGCCCCUAAAACCCUGCCAUGUCUACUGAGAAUGAACAGGGUUGGCAUAGUGGAUGUACUGUACUUCGGAGGGGUGGGGUUAGGGGGCAAACUAUUAGGAGGAAGAGGUGAAUGCUCAGCUGAUGAUUUCCACAAACAAGCACUUUUUUCCCUUUACCACUGUUUGGUUUUUUCCUUUUUGUUGGAGUUUUGGUUGUGAUUAUUUUGUGGUCAGUCCAUUCUAUUCUAGCAGUUUUAUGUUGAAUCUAUCUUUCUCUCUCAUUCUCUCCCACCAUGCCUAUCUAUCUCUGUCUUUACUUGUCUUGUACUUUAAUUUAGUUUUUUUUGGUUGUUCUCGCUGCUGAUUUGUCCACAGAAAACAGCUACUAGAGAACAGGACUUUGUUAGUUCAGUUGUGCAAACACAGUAACGAAUGACAGCAGGUCCUGUGAGCUUCAGGGUUUCUGACAAAUUCUCGCUCAGGCUUUGGAAAUCUGGGGG